GGAACGUGAUGGCCUGCGCUAUGCUGGUGUCGUCGUGAGGCUCCAGCGGCUCGGAGGCGCAUCUGUCAGCAGCUCCGACUCAACCACAGCCCAGACAGAUGUUUUCUUUUUUCACCUCCGUCUCCAGGACUGAACCAACCUUCGCUCCCACAGAGCUGCUGACUGAUUUGGUUCAUCAGUGUGGAAACGGGUCUCCAUAUUCUGCUGAUCUGCGGCUUUUCUGAUCACCCUCAGAAACAUGGACCUGCUGCCAGACCUUUGGAGGGAAGACUACUGGCUCCCUCCCGGUGUGACCUGGGGAGACAUGGAGCAGCUGGUGGACACUGAGCGACCUCAACCCCAUGACCUUCUCAUGGCUCUGCCCCUCGCUCUGGGCUUUGUUGCUCUUCGCUAUGCGUUUGAGAGGUUCUUGGCCCCACCCAUGGGCAGAUGUCUGGGGGUAAAGAAUACAGUGCAUGUGACUGCUGCCCCAUCCCUGCAGCUGGAGUCCUUUUACACCCAGAGGAGCAAACAGCCAACACAAAGGGAAAUCAUCCAUCUGAUGCUGGCAUGCGGUAAAACCCAGAGACAGAUUGAAACCUGGUUCAGGCGCCGCAGGAACCAAGACAGGCCCAGUCGUACCAAGAAGUUUGCAGAAGCUGCCUGGAGGUUCUUUUUCUACCUCGCAGCAUUUAUGGCUGGACUGGCCUGCUUAGUCGACAGGCCCUGGUUCUGGGAUCACAGGGAAUGUUGGAGGCGAUAUCCAGUUCAGCCCAUGGAGAGAGCUCACUUCUGGUACUACAUGCUGGAGUUGGGUUUUUAUGGCUCUCUGUUGCUUCGCAUCUCUGUGGACAUCAAACGGAAGGACUUUAAGGAACAAGUGAUCCAUCACUUGGCUACCAUCUACCUGCUCAGUUUCUCCUACUGUGCCAACUACAUCCGCAUCGGCACCUUGGUGAUGCUGCUCCAUGACUCGUCGGACAUAUUGUUAGAGUCAGCUAAAAUGUUCAACUACGGCACCGGCUGGAGGAAGAUGUGCGAUUCUCUGUUUGUUGUCUUUGCUGUGGUCUUCCUUGUGACCCGACUGGUGAUUUUCCCCAGCAAAAUCAUUCGGAACACCUUGCUACUGUCCAUGGAGGCGUUUGAGCCUUUCCCUGGCUACUACUUUUUUAACAUCCUGCUGAUGGUGCUGCAGGUUCUACACAUCUUCUGGGCAUGCUUGAUCUUGCGUAUGGUCUGUAAGUUCUUGAAAGGCAAGCUGGAAAAAGAUGAGCGCAGUGAUGAAGAAAGUGGAGUUGAAGAGGAAGAGGAGGAAAAAGGAGGAGAGGAAAAUACAGAUCAAGGAGGAGAUUGUUACUGGGGAAAAAGUAAAGACAAUCUGAACUCCAAAAUAUCAAUGCUCACCAACAGUUGUGUCCUUAAUAAUUUGAAUCACCACAGGUCCUCUGUAGCUAAAAGGAUGCGUAAAGCUCAAUAAAGGACUUUUGGAUGUUU